UGGCAGGUUUCGUUCUGAUAUGUAUAUAUAACUGUCAUCAUUUGGUUAACACACUAUGAGUAUAUUUUGAAGUAUUUUAUUCAUCCGUUAAUAUUUAGCAGCGUGUCUGAUACUGAAAAUGGCCAGGCAUUAGCGACAUCAUCGGGCAGUUGUACAGAACUUUGACCUACAGUCUACGAAUGUACUUCGCACCGCACCAUCAUUUUGAAAACACUAAAGAUCAUGACGGAAGACGCUUUUGAUGUGAUAGUCGUUGGCUCCUGUAUGACUGAUUUGGUGAGCUGUUCCCCCUGCAACCUGUGUUUUAAAUGGAUGCUUUGGAAAAGAUUAAACAUGAAAACUGAGGUUCCACUGUAAUAGCUCUGGUGUUUGACAAAUAAAGCCGGGUUGGAGAUCUACAGAUUAAAGCCAGGCACCAAGGCUACCGAAGGAAGGCGAAACCAUCCACGGGCACAAUUUCUUCACUGGCUUUGGAGGAAAAGGGGCCAACCAAUGCAUACAAGCUGCAAGACUCGGGGCUAAAACCGCAAUGGUUGCCAAGGUUGGUAAAGACUUCUUUGGAGACAAUUAUAUUCAGAAUUUCAAGGACAAUGGCGUGCACACAGACUUUGUUGGACAGACCACUGAUGCAGCCACAGGAGUUGCCUCCAUUAUCGUCAACAAUGCAGGUGAGAAUGCCAUUGUGAUCGUGGCUGGUACCAAUAUGCUGCUUAGCAGGAAGGAGCUGCAGGAGGCUCGUCCAGCCAUCAGUUGUGCAAAAGUACUUGUUUGCCAACUUGAGAUCUCCCCCCAAACAUCUUUGCAGGCGUUGCGCAUGGCUCAAGAGAACAAAGUUAAGACAAUAUUCAACCCAGCGCCAGCUAUCCCUGACUUGGAUCCUGAGUUCUACCGAGCCUCUGAUGUGUUUUGCUGCAAUGAGUCUGAGGCUGAGUUGAUGACAGGCUCAUCGGUAAAUACCGUGGAGGAGGCGUGUAGGGCUGGCCAGGAGCUGCUGAGGCGAGGAUGCGGCACAGUCAUUAUCACCUUGGGAGCCCAGGGAUGCGUGGUGCUCGACGCACAGGAUUCGUCCUGUAAGCAUGUUCCAGCAACGGCAGUCACGGCAGUGGACACCACAGGUGCAGGAGACAGCUUCAUUGGAGCGCUGGCAUUUUACAUGGCUCAUUAUCCCACCAUGCAACUGGAGGAGGCGGCCCGGAGAGCAGGUCAAGUGGCAGGAGUGAGCGUGCAGGCCAUGGGCACGCAGACGUCUUUUCCACAUAAAAAGGAUUUAGCAGCUGAGCUCUUCUGAGAGCUGCAAUAGAAAUAUGAAUCUAACUUGACAUAAUCUCGCCUGUUUAAUUCAAUGCGCUGCUUUUGAGCCCUCUCACCAUUUAUUGAAGGACCAUUGAUGUAUAUAGAGCAUACAGAACAACUUAAAUACACAAUGUGGUGCCAGAUGAAGUAAUGCACACGAAUGUGUAAUGGUGACAUGAACAGGCACAAAACUCUCUUUAUGUCAUUUAUUAUGUUUUUUUUAAUGACUCUAAAAGAAGUUAUCCAGUAUAGAAAAAGACAUGACUGUGGAGGCUCGCCAAAUUAAUAAAUAUUUUAUACCAACA